CGUAUGUAAGUACCACGGGUCUGAUCGGACAGAGGAAUUUCUAUAAACAAUGAAUUUAUGAUGUGAUUUCGGGAAGUUAUUGACAUGGCGGUAGCGUAAUGUCUGUAGAAACCAAAUGUACAUACUCUAAGGAACAAGCCAAAUUGAUCUGUCUAACAUGGACCAAAACGGCUAUACGAGAGAAAAGUCCUUGGCUACUAUGAAGUCAACUUGGCCAUCGUCUACAGACGCAGUGCUUAUCUCACGAGCUAAGUUGAACGGCCAACCAAAAUAUGGCAAGCCAACUCAGCAGCCGAAAAGACCGAAGAAGCCACCGAUUGCUGUUCGCCCAAAACGAGCUCUGCUUUGUUUAACUCUAGGAAAUCCUAUACGAAGUGCUGCCAUCAGUCUUGUAGAAUGGAAGCCGUUCGAUGUUAUGAUAUUAAUAACUAUUUUUGCAAAUUGUGCGGCACUAGCCGCUUACCAACCGCUUCCUGAACAAGACAGUAGUUCAGUCAACGAGGAUUUGGAAGUAGCUGAAUAUGUAUUUUUAGGAAUUUUUACAUUUGAAGCCAUACUUAAGAUCAUAGCAUAUGGAUUUGCUGCGCAUCCUGGAGCAUAUCUUAGGAAUGGAUGGAAUAUUUUAGAUUUUGUAAUUGUUGUUGUAGGACUUGCAACUAUUCUAGUGAAGACACUAAACGUCCAAAGUUUUGAUGUCAAAGCCCUGAGAGCAUUUAGGGUUCUCAGGCCUUUACGCCUUGUAUCUGGUGUACCUAGUUUACAAAUUGUGCUUAACUCUAUAAUCAAAGCUCUUAUACCACUUUUUCACAUUGCCUUGUUGGUAGUGUUUGUAGUUAUUAUCUAUGCUAUUAUUGGUGUUGAGCUAUUUAUGGGCAAGCUUCAUAAAACCUGUUAUGAUAAUGUCACAGGUCAAUUAACAAAUGAUGAACCACAUCCUUGCAGUACAGACACAGAAGGGUAUUCUUGUUCACAGUCAGGUGAAGGCCAAGUGUGCCUUGCUAAAUGGGAAGGGCCUAACUAUGGUAUUACCAAUUUUGAUAACAUUGGACUGGCUUGUCUUACAGUCUUUCAAUGUAUAACACUUGAAGGAUGGACAGACGUUUUAUAUAGUAUUAACGAUGCUGUGGGUAAUUCCUGGCCAUGGCUGUACUUUGUAACUCUCAUUAUUUGGGGAUCUUUUUUCGUCCUCAAUCUUGUUCUGGGUGUUCUUAGCGGGGAAUUUGCAAAAGAGAAAGCAAGAGCACAGAAAAGUGGCGAAUUUCAAAAACUACGAGAAAAACAACAAAUUGACGAAGCGUAUCACGGGUAUUUAGACUGGAUUGCUCGAGCAGAGGAUAUUGAAGGCGAAAGCAGCGGCGAUGAAGAUGAGGAGGGCAAACCAAGUAGAAAAGUCUCUACAAAACGUCGCAUGGAAGAUGGUGAAUUGACGCCAAACGAAGAGAAUGUGGAGAGCACCACCACGUUAGACCAAGGAGGCUUUUGGCAACACAAUAAGAAAGUCAUCAAGAAAUUUCACCAUCGAUUAAGAAGAAAAUGUCGAAUAGCUGUCAAAACCCAGACAUUUUACUGGACGGUUAUAGUAGUUGUCUUUUUGAACUCCCUGACGCUUGCAUUGGAGCACUACAAUCAACCGGAAUUUCUUACUCAAUUUUUAGAUAAGGCAAAUAAAUUAUUUUUAGCGCUAUUUACAUUAGAGAUGGUGAUUAAGAUGUAUUGUCUGGGAUUCCAUGGUUAUUUUGCUUCGUUGUUCAAUAGAUUUGACUGCCUGGUUGUGAUCAGCAGUCUCUUGGAGUUAGCUUUAACAGAAACACUGGAAAAGCGUCCUAUUGGUAUCAGUGUUCUGCGUUGUGUGCGUCUUCUUAGAAUAUUUAAAGUAACAAGAUAUUGGAGUUCUCUUAGUAAUUUGGUAGCAUCUCUUCUGAACAGCAUGAAAUCUAUAGCCGGAUUAUUGUUGCUUCUCUCGCUAUUCAUGCUCAUCUGUGCUCUGCUGGGUAUGCAGAUCUUUGGUGGAAAGUUCAAUCUAGAUGACGUAGAGGUACCUAGAAGUAAUUUUGACUCUUUCUGGCGUGCGUUGGUCACUGUGUUCCAGAUCCUGACAGGAGAAGACUGGAAUUCUGUAAUGUACAUUGGUAUACAAGCUUGGGGCGGAAUCACCGAUCAUUCAUCUGUCAUACCUAUUUUAUAUUUUAUAUUUCUUGUUAUCGUUGGAAACUAUAUUUUACUCAAUGUUUUCUUGGCCAUCGCCGUCGACAACUUAGCAGAUGCAGAAAGUCUAACAGAAAUGGAGAAUGAAAAGAUGAAGAAGAAAGAAGAAGCAAAAGCGAAAGAGUGGGAAAGUUUACGAGACGAAGAGUCGAGAAGUGGAGAAACUGGUUCACCGGUUCGAGGGUCAGUAGUAAGAACCUCUCAAGAACUUCAUUCCAAUGGGAACAGUAUACCCAAGGCGAUAUCUGAAGGUGAUAUUGAAGCUCAGUCAAAUUCAAAGGGUUCAAAAGCAACCUUAGAUCGAUCGACCCUUUCAGUAAGAAGUGCAACGUCAACAGAAGAAAACCUGGACCGUGAGCCCAUGCCACCAGAUAGUUCCAUGUUCGUUUUUUCGGAUACCAACAGGUUCCGUAUAAUGUGCCAUAGAAUCGCCACCAAUAUGUACUUCGUUAAUUUUAUCCUGAUACUCAUCAUCAUUAGUAGUGCCUUGUUGGCUGCUGAAGACCCUCUUAAUGCCAACUCCGAGAGAAACCAAGUGCUGAAUUACUUUGACUAUUUUUUCACGGCUGCCUUCACCAUUGAGAUCUCAGUUAAGAUGGUCGCCUAUGGUGUGUUUCUUCAUAAAGGCUCGUUCUGUCGUAGUGCCUUCAACCUACUUGAUUUCCUGGUCGUUGCAGUAUCUAUUCUGUCUAUUGCUCUAAGAGGGUCUAAGUCAUCGCAGAUCUCGACAGUGCGAAUUCUCAGGGUCCUGAGGGUCCUUCGUCCAUUGAGGGCCAUCAACAGAGCCAAGGGACUCAAGCACGUGGUUCAGUGCGUAUUCGUUGCUGUAAAGACUAUUGGUAACAUCAUGUUGGUCACAGUCCUGUUCAACUUCUUGUUCGCUGUCAUUGGGGUACAACUGUUCAAGGGAACGUUUUUCUACUGUACUGAUGGUGAGAAGAUUACAAAAGAAGCCUGCAGGGGAGAGUACAUAGAAUUCAAGGGUCCUGGACUCACAAAUCCUGUGACAAAACAGAGAGAAUGGAAGUUUCGCGAAUUCAAUUUUGACAACGUUGGCAACGCCAUGAUGACCCUCUUCACAGUCAUGACUUUUGAAGGAUGGCCAGGUAUCUUAGAGAACUCCAUGGACUCUACAGAUAUCGACCAAGGUCCGUUCUUGAAUAACCGUCCCUGGGUGGCUGUCUACUAUGUCAUCUAUAUCAUCAUCAUCGCCUUUUUCAUGGUCAACAUAUUCGUUGGUUUUGUUAUCGUCACAUUCCAGAACGAGGGUGAAGAGGAAUAUAAGGAUUGUGAACUAGAUAAGAACCAGAGAAAAUGCGUGGAGUUUGCCCUGAAGGCGCGUCCCAUUUGCCGAUACAUCCCCACCCAUCGGCUACAAUUCCAUGUGUGGCGAGUAGUAACAUCACAACCCUUUGAGUACCUGAUAUUUGCAUUUAUUACUGGCAAUACCAUUCUGCUUAUGAUGCAGUAUUUUAACGAGCCGAAGCUGUACACCAGGGUCUUAGAUGGUUUUAAUAUCGGCUUUACGUCUGUUUUCUUACUGGAGUGCAUCCUUAAACUCUUUGCCUUCAAACCAAAGAAUUAUUUCCUGGACAGAUGGAAUCUGUUUGAUUUCGUAGUGGUCGUGGGUAGUGUAGUUGACAUCACCAUGAACGAAGUAUCGCAUCAGCCUGUUGUUCCCACCUUGUCAUCUCCGGACAGGUAUAGUGGAAUGGCCAUAGGAGGGCCAAAGAGGGACGACGACUACAGCAGGAAUUCAAAAAUACAUAAAUUCAGCGAACAGAUGUUUGCCUUUGGGUUUUUCCGUCUGUUUCGAGCUCUUCGUCUGGUCAAGCUGUUAAACCAAGGCUCUGGUAUCAAGACCUUACUAUGGACUUUCAUCAAAUCCUUCCAGGCUUUGCCAUAUGUUGGUCUUCUUAUUAUCAUGACCUUCUUCAUCUAUGCUGUGGUUGGCAUGCAGAUGUUUGGACGAAUAGCGAUAGACGAUGAUACACACAUAAAUAGAAACAACAACUUCCAGACUUUCCCGCAGKCGUUGAUGGUGCUCUUCAGGUCAGCCACAGGAGAAAACUGGCAAUUGAUCAUGUUAGCUUGUUCGAGCUCACCUGAUGUCAAGUGUGAUGUGAAUGCAGAACCUCAAGAAGAGAAUGGUCUUUGUGGGACGUCCUUCUCUUUCUUCUAUUUCGUCUCCUUCUACGUCAUCUGUUCUUUCUUGAUUAUCAAUUUAUUCGUUGCUGUUAUAAUGGAUAAUUUUGACUAUCUGACGCGCGAUUGGUCAAUUCUUGGCCCCCACCAUCUGGAUGAGUUCGUAAGGGUGUGGUCUGAGUACGACCCUGAAGCAAGUGGUUGUGUCAAGCAUUUGGACAUUGUUACUGUAUUAAAGAGAAUUGCCCCUCCUCUUGGAUUCGGGAAGUUCUGUCCUCACAGAGAAGCCUGCAAGCGUCUAGUAAGCAUGAACAUGCCGUUAAACAGGGAUGGAACUGUGAACUUCAACGCUACACUCUUUGGUCUAGUUCGAACAUCACUGAACAUCAAACGACCUGAAGGUAAGGGCUCGAUCGAGAAGGCAAAUGAGGAGAUGCGAGCGAUCAUAAUGAAAGUCUGGUCAAAAACAUCGCCGGAAUUCCUGGACACAAUCGUCCAACCCCCUGGCGGAGACGACGAGGUAACAGUAGGCAAGUUUUACGCCACGUACCUUAUCCAGGAUUACUUCAGGCGGUUCAAGGCACGGCAACGUGCAGAGGACAUGGAGCACAAAGACAGCAAUAGUACCCAGGCUCUACAGGCUGGUCUGAGAACUCUUCAUGGACUGGGCCCUCAGUUACGAAGAGCCAUUUCCGGUCAACUGGACGAUGAUGACGUAGGACUGUUCUUAAAGGAAGAUGUCCAGCAAAAGUCGCAGCACAAACGGUUCUGGGAAAGUCUAAAGAAUGCGGUUACUCCAUCGCCGCGACACAGCCGACCAAACAGUUUCCGCCGUCCAGGUUCGAUCCGUCUGUCAGCAUUAAUCAAGAAAAGUAAUAACAAUACUCCAGAAUCUCAGAGGAAGGCUUCACUGCCUGCUACCUUGACCGUUCUACAGCCGUCCAUGUCUCCUGACAGGCAACUAUUGGUGCCACCAUUCAGUGAUUCGGACAUGACUGCAAAUGAAAGCGAUACUGAACAAGAGAAACAACGCAAUGAGCCUCCCCGUGACUACUAUCGACAACCGUUAAAAGGAGCAAAGAGUUUCCCGUUAUCUGUAACAGCUAAUGGAGAUCUAAGACCUUCAGUGCCAUUAGAAACAAGAGAACGUAGCAAAAGUGAGAUUUUACCAAGAACUCCUUCACAAGGUUCGGAUCAUCUACAGCCUGCAGAACUUGAUAGAAAUAAAUCAAGUAGUUCUCAAGGUCUAGUGGGCCAAGUAUUGAGCAGUGAGGGACUCCCCAUUGACGACGGAGAUACAAUAGUGCGUGUAGUUGAGCAAGAAAUUGCUGAUGCUUUUGACAUUUCGACUGAUCAAUUAAACGAUGCCGCCGAGAGACUACUUUCAGAACUCCAAACCACGUUAGGGGAUGAGGAAGAUGGACAACAUGAAACAGAAACUCCUGUUGUUAAAACUGACGAGGAGUCUGAUAGCGAAAGCCCAUCGAGCUUUUGGAGAGAGGGACUUAAAGGGAUCCCAGAUACUUGUAUUGUGAUAACUGACCUUUAGUCAGAGAACAGAAGAUCUGGUGUUAUUAGUGGUGCGACUGGCUACGGCCAUGGUCUAUAAGUACAGAGCAUCGCUUAUUGGUUGCUGUACUUCAAGAUACUUCACAAUAUUUGUUAUUGGAAGAUCUGGUGUUAUUAGUAGUGCGACUGGCAACGGCCAUGGUCUAUAAGUACAGAGCAUCGCUUAUUGGUUGCUGUACUUCAAGAUACUUCACAAUAUUAGUUAUUGCAAGAUCCGGUGUUAUUAGUAGACUGGCUACGACCAUGGUCUAUAUGUACAGAGCAUCGCUUAUUGGUGCUUUACUUCAAGCAUGUAUUUAUUUAUCUUGGUUGAUUGCGAUGGCAUGGCUUUCUGUGUUGGCCACGAAAGGCAACUUUGUACGUGGUUUUUCUCACGGAGAACCAUUUGUGGUCCAUUUCUUGAGCGGAUUCAUUUUAUAUUCAUCAUGAAAGAUGAUUGGUAGAUCAAACAAGAUUUAAGACUUAGCAAUAACUAUUGCAUAUAUGCACCAUGGCACGAACAGGAACAAAGAACCUACUGUGUUAUAUUGGUAUAGUGCGGUGCGACGAAUCUUGAAUAAUUUAUAAUAAUUGGUGCAUACAACAGGAAUGGAAUCAGCCCAGUAGGGAGAUCAAUUAAUUUAGCUUGGUAUUGCAAGGUGCUAUCGACCGGCUACAGAACGGUAGGAUAUGAAAUAUUUUACAGAGGGAUUUGCUCUUCAUAUGAUAUAUUUUAUUAGAUACAAUUAUUCAUAUAUUUUAAUUUCUUUAAUAUAUCUAUAUCCCAAUAGAGGCCUUGAACCGUAACGUGAUGGCAGCUAUGUUAAAUGGCAGGAACAUAGAACUUUUUCCCUUGGAAACUGAAUUCUUUUUCUAGAUUUAAUAAACCGUUAUCUUCGUAUGCAUCUUCUCUCCCUUGAGAAUCGUUCUUUAUGACGAACUUGUUAAAAUAUUUACACAUUAAAGAAUCAACUCCCAAGAGUGGCAUCACAUGGUCUGAAAUGGUACAACGAAGCUAAAAAGGUCUUUUGUUCCUGCCUCCUGUCAUGGCUGCCAUCACAUGAUGGUACAAAGCCUCUACACUGGUAUUAUUUUAUCGAGCUUUUAUUUAUAAUCUUCUUAUUGCUAAUUUAUUACAUCGCUAUUGUCAUGCCAGGCCAGAGUGUUCACGAAGCAUAAAGAGGUAGACAUUGGUUAAAAAAAGGAAAAUUACUAUUUAGUUUCAAUAUCAUGUCCACGAUAAUGGAAAAGGAGGUUUGGAAUUGUAAGAUAUUUGGAUAAAUUAUUAGGGCUAAUAUCUUUAUGCUUCUUUUGCUAUGAUAACAUGGAUCUUAUCAUAUUUAGUGUCAAUAUGUCCACUGUUCAACUAGCCCGCUAAUGUCCUUAUAAAUUUUAUGAAAUUAUUCAAAAACAUAUUCAUUAAUAGAAUGAAAUAAUAAUAUUAGUUUCUCUUAAUAUAAGCUUUUUAUCAGUUACGCCCGUUCCUGAUAAGGAAACAAACUGGCGGCCAUGUUGUAUGACGUAACGAGAUACAUGGUCGACAUGCAAGUGAUUGAAAAACCCUUUCCAGAACUAGCUACACGCAGUUCUUUGUAUAAAUGCACAAACUAUGCAUGUCAAAAGGAUAAAUUUGUAUAAAAAUGUAGUCCGAUUUAUAGUUUUUUAGAUCGUAGAUUACGAAUUGUAGUCCUGCCAUAUACAUUGUAGACUUUGACAAAAGCAAUAUUUUGCAUCAAAAAUUUGAAUUGUUUGAAAUAAGUUAGACAAGUCCCACCGAAAGGACGUUCCAAAAUUUUACUGAUAACGAAUUGUCAGAUUUUUAAUAUAAUUUUUAUACAAAAUCAAAAUUUGUUGGCUUAAAAUUCGAAAAAAAAACCAAAACACCAAUUUCAAUUUUAUUAAGCAAUAGAAAUAUAAACUGUAAAUGAUUUUUUGGUGACAUGGACACGAGUGGAAAAACGUCUGCGCAUGCUCUGAAUCCGUAUGCAAAUUACUCAAAACAUAUGUAAAUUUGACUUUGAAACAUGCCUGAUAAAUUGGACUUCACAAAAUACCAAUACUUAGUGUCCA